AUGGUAGAACCCUCAAGAGCACACGGUCUUCACACUGUGACCUCCCCAAUGCGGCCGGCUUCCACCGUAGGGCAGCCCAGCAGUAGCUCCAUUGGAACGUCGCCCGCCGAAAAAUCCGACCACCCCAAUCGAAGUAGUGUAAAACUUGCAAGACGGCCAGGACAUGCAGGAAAGGGAACCCAUCGACGAAAAAAAUGCAGCGCCGGCUUUUAUCUUGUUGCGGCAGGGUUGAGCCGAUACCCAUUGACCGUAUGUCUUCUAUGCUGGUCCUUUUGCAUCGCUAUUUUCGUAGGAUAUAUCAAUAUUCCUCUCGGGACUGUGGACGUUCACAACGGGGGACCACUGCACACUAUUCACGAAUGGGGAAAUAUCGGUAUCCUCCCCGCAGACUACUCUUUCCCGCUCAACUGGUGGAUGUACAAUGUUGUCUUUUUCCCCAUAUAUAUCCUUUCGACGGUGGGAUGUGUCGGAUUGGCCAUACAUAAUUUCUCGCCGUAUCUAUGGCCCCGUUCAUGGGGAGAUUUAGCCUGCUUUGGCAUUCCGCCUCUUGUCAUCACCGUCGUCAUGAACACCGUUGUGUGGUACUCUCCUCGCCAAGCGCUGGUAUCAAGCAAGCUAUGGGUAGUUUUCAAUACCCUUGUUUGCACAGGCUACGGAAUGCACUAUGCGGUUUUGAGGAAUAUGUGGGAGCGGAAGCAUUGGGAAGCCAAAAUGCGCUUGAUAGCAAAAACCGCGGAUAUCAGUCCUUUGGCUUCCCAUGUGAAUUCCAAACAUGUACGAAGCGUGAGUAAUGGUGUGGAAGAUGAAGAGGCCGGUGAAUGUGCAAAGGAGGUCAUCCCGCACCAUCUGGAAUCUCCGCAAACUGGAUCAGGACACGAUAUGGCGAUGCAUAAACUUGAAAACGAGCCUUUGCCGACCGUACAAAUUCUCUGGCUCUUAGUGUCGAUAUGCUUUGGAGCAUCAACGUACUUUAUCGGUCAAGUGUGGUCUUGGGCGUACUUUAAAACAACCCCCCAUCCUCUCUGGCUCGAUUUGGUUCUUAUCUACACAUUACGGUUGUUUAUUGUCGGUGUCACUACCAUUGGCACUAUCCUCCUGCAUGCAAAACUUGGACCACGGCACACAAUCUAUGCAUACACAUUUUUCUGUGAUAUGAUUUACUGGAUGCUCUAUAGGAAUGUCUUUACAGCGGCGUUCUCGUCGACUUGGACCAUCAUUCUAUUCGGAGCAAUCAAUUUCGUGCAGAGAGUCGCCUGGGUUACAUUCAGGACAUCUCGUUAUUAUCACCGUAUCAUGAUCUGGCUCAGCGACUGGAACAAAGCAGGCGUUCUGAAAGCCUUCUUUGCAGCUCAGCACGGCGUCUCAGAUUCUGCUAGUAUCAUGACCCGGACUGCAUCGGGAUCCAUGAGUAGUCUCGGUCUCGAUAUACUGGACGGUGAACUGGCAGAAUUUAAUAACCCCACCGAUGAGAACAAGGCCGACAGCGCUGUCAGAGGAAUUUCCGAGCCUAGCAUGGACCAAGAAGCAGGAAUGGCCAAUAGCGAAACCAAGUUUAGCACCCUAGAAAGGGCUGCGACGACGUCCAUUCCCAACAAACGCAACCACCUUCGAUCCACAGUCGCAAUCAAAUCAACCACCUCCGUCAAUCAAGUGAACGAUAAUACGCCAAAUAGUCGCUAUUCCCUUCCACCUCUCGGCGAGGCAACAGAAACAUGGUCUUACACAGAUUAUACCAAAGCCCAAGUACUGUUCCAGGCCUUCAACGCUGUCGCUCAACUCAUUACCAUGGUCUGCUUUGUGGUCUCGAUACCUGCGAUCAGACGUGGUCCAAAUGCGGGUGCAUACCCAUCUCUAACCAUCCUUCUCGACGACACUCGGUAUCGACGAGUGAUGUUUGAAACACUCUCGACGUUUGUAUCUGAAGUGUUGGGUUCUUUGGUGGGAUUCUGGCUUGUGCAUCGGAUGACGGGACGAAAGAUUUGGCAGGAAUGGGUGAAAUUUGUUAGUAGAAAUCCUCGCACGUUUGUGCUUACCAUGGUGAUGGCGAUUCAUGUUCUCAUGGACUCGGCAGUCAUGUUGGUCAAUCUCGAGUUUGACCCAUAACACCUUGUAGAUAUAUUUACUAUUGACGCUAAUGAUAUUUUUGGAG